AUGCUAUACAAGACUCCCUAUUAUUCUGACCUAAAAUCUUUCGAUAGAAAUCUUCAACAAUAACCUAAAACUUAAUUUCUACCUGAAAUCUAAAUGUACCAAUAAUUUAGAUCACUUCAAAAUAUUCCUAAUACAAGUAGAGCAGCAGAUCCUUUAUUGUCUGGCAGGAAUAGCAUAAUUGAAUAAAUUCAGGAACCUCAGACAUCACGAUCAUAAUAUCAAUCUAUCAUAAAGAAUAAGAAAUUCUCUUUGAACCAAGAAUAACAAAAUUAAAAAAAAGGACUAUUAGUUAAAUUUGAAGAUAUGGCAACCUAAAAUAAUCAACCAAAAAGUAUAUUGAAAAGAAAAAAUUCGAACAGUAGUCAACAUUCAGAUGUUUUAGAUUUCUUUGAAUUGGUAGAGGAAUAACCUUUGCCAGUCAGAAACAAAAAGCAUACUAUUCUUGAACCUUUAUAAUCUACUCCUUCUCCUUAAAUGGCAAAUGCUAUUUCACCUAAAAGAGUCUCCUUCAACAAAUAAAUCUAAGUUAAAUUGAUCAGUGAUGAUUAUAUUGAAUCUUCUGAAAAAAGAAUAUAAAGCAGACAUCUGUUUAGAAGAUAGUUGACAGAGUUUAUAAAUUGA